AUGUAUACAAACUUCUUCAAAUAUCCUGGUUUUAAAUAUCUUAAAUUUUUUAAACCAAAAUAUCUUACAGAAAUUGCUAAUAUAUUAAAAGAAAGACCAACUUUAAAAGAUAUUAUUACUCUUGUUCUUCAAAAUCUAGAACAAGAACAAGAAAUUUUAACUGAAUUUAAAGUUAAAGCUAUUAGAAAUGAUGAAAUUAGAGUAUUUGAUUUUGAAAAUAAGACUGAUAUUGAACAUGGUUAG